AAUUCGCGACUUCACGGUUUCCCAUAAUCCUGUGCGCGCGCAUGACUUCCGGUGAAAAUAAACAGCUGAUUGGAAAAAAGAAAGUCGUCAGAAAAUUUCCACAUAAACUAGCGGUUAAAUAUACCUAAAUACUACAGAUAAUGUUUAUCUCUGGAGCUAUAGUUUGGCAUUCACAAAGAUGACCCCUUUUAUAAAUGGGCCUGGGCCAUUUUGAUUAUGUAAAUAAUGGUGCCAUCAGUUAACAAGCCAUUGGGGACUUUGUUAGAUGACAUUUGCUGUCAACAUGGGCCCAAAGAUAGAUGUUCAGGGAAAAACAUAUUUGGGUAAUGUCCUUCAGCCAAGACGCUACGAAACUUAUAAUGAAAUUGCCUCGCUGUCAGCCGUUAAACUUAAGCAAUUAUGUGGAGAAUACAAUAUAGACAAAACGUUACCAAAAAAAGCUAAAAUAAUAUUUAUUUGUCAAAGACUUGGAAUUUCCACAACCGGAAAUUCUUUAAAUGUUCAAAAAUCUAGUAAAGUCCGAAGAAAUGACAGUCUUACAUCACAGCAGCAUGAAGAGUUAGAUCAGCUAAGAUCAAAGAUUUUACAUGGCAUGCCAUCUUCAGAAUGGACAAAUGAAAUCUCAAAAUUACCAGAAAUAAAUGACGUCAGUGUGAAAAAAUACCUAAUUGAUUAUAACAUAUUGGAUAAGUCGUCUGCUAGAACAUAUAAACUUUCAAGGCCAUAUCAGCUACGAAGUAGUGUGCACACAGUGCGUUAUUGUGAAAAUGUAGGAUCAGAUACUUUUGGCAUUAUUUCCGCAAGAUGCAAUUCAUCGCAGUCUUCCAAUCAAGAUGAUGUUAAAGUUCUGUACAUUGUAAUAGAUAAAAUAACUGGUGAUCCAUACAGUGGUUUCUGUACUUGUACAGUUGGAUUUUCUGAAACUUGCGGACAUGUUGGUGCAACAUUGUUUUUGGUUGCUGAACAGUUGGCAAAUGGGGUAUCUAAAUUCACCAAUGCAGACACCAAAUCUUGUACAGACAAACUUUGCAGCUGGACUGAGCCUAAAGGCAGUCAUGUUGAACCUGAUAUUUUUGAAAAUUUUAGUAUUAAGAAAGAAAAACAACAAAUGCGAAGAACUUUGGAUGACUUUGGUAAACAAGUUAAGGCAUUGGACUUACCUAGCUAUGAUGAUGUAGCAGAACUCCAUUCCGAUUUGAUUGAUGCAACCUACCAUAACAUGGGACAGUACUGCUCAGCUGUAAAUGUGCUAAACCCGAAAAGAUUUAAAAAGGACAUUGAGGAAGUUGUUACUAAUCAUACAGCAGUAAGUCUUGAAAACUGUAUGCAUGAGGGUAGCCCUUUCCUGGCUUUUUCAUCUGAAGUAGAAAUUAAAGCUACACCAUUACCUGUUACUAGGAUAGUGCGUAAGAAAUUCCAAAGUUCAUCAGCACCAGGCUUCAAAAUUGAACGAACUUGAACGUUUUACAAAGGCAGCUGCUACACACACAUGUGAAAGAUCAGAGGUAGAUAAAAUUACAGUCGGGCAAUCAAUCAAUCAAGAAUGGAAGGAGCAACGGAAAGGCUGCAUUACUGCAACAAGAUUUUUCAAUGUGAUCAAGACUGUAGAGAAAGAAAAAGAAAAUCCUACUCUUGUAAAUGACAUAAUAAAUACAGACAGUAAAAAUUUCCUAUCCAAAGUGCCAUCGAUUAAAUGGGGAAGAACAAAUGAGAUCAAGGGAAAGAAGAUGUACUUACAAAAAGUAUCAAAAUAUCAUUCUGAUCUAAAAAUUGAAGAACAUGGUUUAAUGGUGUCUAAAGAAUUAAACUUUGUCAGAGGCUCGCCUGAUGGAAUAGUUACCUGCAGAUGUCAUAGUAGUAUGAGCCGACUACUUGAAAUUAAAUGUCCCUACUCUGCUAGGAAUAUGACUGUUGAAGAAGCUGUGACUGAAAAAAAAAUCAAGUAUCUUGAGAAAAAGGACAAUAUUCUACACCUAAAGAAAAAUUCCCAAGAUGGAUAUUAUGCUCAAGUGCAGGGACUCCUUGGAAUUACAGGAUUAACACUUGCUAAUCUUGUUGUGUGGACCUCAAAAGACUGUAAGAUAAUAACUGUCAAAUUUGAUAAGGAAUUCUACCAAAAGAAAUUGAUACCAGCAUGUGAGUCAUUUUUCUUGACACAGAUUGCCCCCGCAUUACUCAUCUCCCAAGAAGCAUCAGAUAAUUAUUCCAAUGAUGACCUCACGCAAAAUGUUGUGCCUAGUGAUAAAAUGUCCGAGGAUAUACCUAAUAAUGACUUACAAGUUGUUGUAGAAAAUUCAGUACAAAAUGAGAGUGAAGUACUCGUACAAAUUUAUAAAUGUUACCAGUGCGGCAAAAUACUCCCUGAAGAUGGCAUUAAGGCGGAUAAUAGCAAUGCAAGUGUGGGUUGUGAUUGUAAAAACUGUUCAUGUGAUGUUUGGAUGUGUUGGCCAUGUGCACGAUACACAGAAGAGUGGAUUGAGGAAAACAUAGACUGGUACUGUCCGCAUUGCACUAGAGAGUGUGAUCUAGUGUAUUGACACUUCAACAUAGUGCUUAAUGUAAAGCAUCAAAGUGCACUUUAUGAACAACUGUGACUUUGUAUAUUUAUAUAUAUUGAUAUAACAGUAUGUGCUGAUAUAAAAAGCUGUUUCUAUCACAACAGCAUGUGCUCAAUAUUUAAUUUGGUUUUAUGUUUACUGAUCUCUGGAAAUUGAUCUGGUGUAUUGACAAUUACACAGUGCUGAAAUUAAGCAUGAUGGUUAAUAAUCUCAGAGAGACCGGCUACAUUUUUUGCAUGUAUAUAGAUUUUUAAAGAACAUUUCUUUAUUUUGUCUUUCAUGAAAUGAUCUCAUUGACUCUUUAAGCUUAAAGAUAUUUUUUAUUGAAAAUAUGUUCACAUAUAUUAUGUUUGUCAAAUGUAGCCCAGUUUUUGUUUUUAGUUUUAUUUUUUUUAAUGUAACACUGACUUAAACGUGACACAAUUUGUGGGAUUUUUACUUGUCAAUUCAAUAAUCGCUUAAUAUUUUAAUCAUUAAGAGCUAUUAAUCAAAAAUGAACCAUUUCAAAGUUUUAACAAGUAUUAUGAUAUGUGCUUCUAUUAAUUAACUUGCAUAAACUUUAAACAUAAUAGCUUAAGUAUGUGAUAACUUCAUAUUUAUUGAUUUCAUGUAAAUAAUACUACCAGUUUAUAAUUUGCUAUUUAUAAUUUAUUAUUAUUAUUUACUUUGAUGAAAAAAGAACUUCAAACUCCAAUGUACUUUUCUUUACAGUUGUUGACACAUACACUGUAUAUAGAUUGUAAAAUAAUAUUUUUCAUUUUGUCUUAAAAUCAAUGAAAUGAUCUCAAGGACUUUAGAGAAAUAUUUAUUCUUAGAAACAUUUUCACAUAUAUCAUUUUAUUACAUGUAUAUAGAUUUUAAAAAAAAAUAUUUUUUACUUUGUCUUUCAUGAAAUGAUCUCAUUGACUCUUUAAAGAUAUUUUUUAUUGCAAAUAUGUUCACAUAUAUUAUGUUUGUCAAAUAUAGACCAGUUUUUGUUUUUAGUUUUUAAUUUAUUUUUUUUAAUGUAACACUGACUUAAACAUGACAGCAUUUAUGGGAUUUAUACUAGUCACUUAUGUCUUUCAAUUAAAUAAUUGCUUAAUAUUAAUCAUUAAGAGUGAUUAAUCAAAAAUGAACUAUUAUUAUUAUGAAUAUUAUAACAAGUAUUAUGAUAUGUGCUUCUAUUUAUUAACUUGCAUAAACUUAAAGGGACUCCACUGUGGUUUAAAACAUUAGAUUCUUACAUAAAUGAGCUGGGGAACGUUAAACACAAACAUAUGCAAAUAUAGUUAAGAAAUAUACUUUGAAAUGAAAAGAAAAUAGUAUUUAUAUGCUUUUCUUAGCCCGAUUUGAGUGGAAAGCGUUUUAACGCUUUUCAUCUUGGGUCAUUUCUUAAAUAUUUGAAUACUUAUUUUGGAAAAAUAAGUGUGCAAAUGAUCUGAAAUUUUGCACAAGGGUUAGUGGUCUAACCCUACAUCAAAACUUAUAUUUAUCUGGGACAAAUAUUUUUCAGUCCCAUCAUGUCAAAACACCUCAGUGGAGUCCCUUUAAACAUAAAAGCUAAAGUAUGUGAUAACUUCAUAUUUAUUGAUUUCAUGUAAAUAAUUCUGCCAGUUUAUAAUUUGCUAUUCACUAUUUAUAAUUAAUGUUUAAUUUGAUGGAAAAAGAACUUCCAACUCCAAUUUACUUUUCUUUAAGUAGCAUGCCUCCAGAUUCAUAUUUUAUUACUCAUGUUCAUUAAAUUCUUUAAAUGUCCCUAAAACUUUAAUAUUGUCAAGUUAACAAAGAUAGAAAUAUGGUAAAGAUACAGUACAUUAAAUCAUGAAAGUUUUUGCUCAUCUGGAGGCAUGCAGCUUUAAAAAAGAAAUACUGAAUUCAUGAUGAUACUUAGCCUUAGACAAAAACAUUUCUUGCUUUAUUUAUGAUUGAUAAAUGAGCCGCGUCACAACAAAACCAACAUAAUGGGUUUGCGACCAGCAUGGAUCCAGACCAGCCUACGCAUCCGCAAAGUCUGAUCAGGAUCCAUGCUGUUUGCUAUCAGUUUCUCUACUUGUUAUAGAGUUGGUAAGUGAACAGCAUGGAUCCUGAUCAGACUGCGCGGAUGCGCAGGCUGGUCUGGAUCCAUGCUGGUCGCAAACGCACUAUGUUGGUUUUGUUGUGACGCGGCUCAAAAGAUGUUUGUUUUUCUUUUCGUUUUAUCAUUUUAUGUUCAUUAAAAUUUCUGUUUGA